AUGGAAAGCUUAGACACCGAUUCUUUUCCCGGUUUCCAGACAUUAUUGCCCUCACGGCCAGGACUCGACCGAAGACUGAAUUUGAGUCGGCUGCAGAGACGGGCCCCACAACCCUUGCAGCUUAAUACAUCUAUUUGUGGGUGCAAAAGUGCAAUAAAAUCUAAUAAGGAGCCACCCCAUAUGGCUUUGGAAGCAAACCGAGAACCGAAUGUUGCUUCGUAUUUUUCAAAUAAAGACCCUAUCCCGCUUUUAUCUCCGCUCGUUUUGCCGUCCAUCGUCGUCUCCGCUUUCUUCGCCUCUUCUAUCAAACAUUUUCCCAAACUCGUCCUCCCGCUUUCCUCCGCCGGCCUUCGCGCUAAUCCAGCUUCUGGGUUCUUGAGAAACGUCGUCGUUUCGUCCGAGCUGGAUGCGGAUUUGUCCGAGGACGAAGGGCUCGAUUUCUCCGCCGGCGAGGAGCCGAGAUUCUCGCCUGAUUUGAAGCUUUUUGUCGGGAAUUUGCCGUUUAAUGUCGACAGCUCUGAGCUGGCUGGGUUGUUUGAGCAGGCUGGGAAUGUCGAGAUGGUUGACGUUAUAUACGACAAGGCUACUGGAAAAAGUAGGGGUUUUGGUUUUGUGACUAUGUCUACCGUCGAGGAACUAGAAACUGUUGUACAACAAUUCAAUGGCUAUGAACUUCACGGCCGGAGCUUGAGGGUGAAUUCUGGGCCUCCACCUUCCAAGAGUGAAAGCUCUUCAUUCCGGGGGGCCAAAGUGGUUAUGGGUCCGAGCCCGGAUCCGGGUCUGGGUCCAUUGACAGCAGCAACAGCGUUUAUUAUUGGAAGCUUAGGUUCUGAAAAUUCAGAAGAAUAUGUCUCAGAUGUUGUAGUUAACAGAGCAAAGCUUUCUGGAACAACUAAUGGAGUUAGAAUCAAGACAUGGCAGGGUGGCUCUGGAAGUGCAAACAAUAUUAAGUUCCACAAUAUAGAAAUGCAAGGAGUGAAAAACUCGAUAAUUAUCGACCAGAGUUAUUGUGAUCAAAAGGAACCGCGCAAAGAACAGAGUUCAGCCGUACAAGUGAAGAACAUCGGACACAGAAACAUCAAGGGCACUCGUAAUUCAGAUGAAGGCGUCAAUUUCAAAAGCAGCAAAAGUCAUCCUUGCCAGAGGAUCACUCUGCAAAAUGUGAACUUGAUCGGGAUAGGUAGCGAGAAAUCCAAAGCCGUUUGUAAUAACGUCCGUUUGCAGAACUUGGGAACGGUUUCACCUAAUUGCCGUAACUAAACUUCUAAAGUCAAAAGACGAUUAGCAUGUUUUGAAUUUAGGUGUUUUUGUACAUUUUCAUGUGCAGACAUAGGUAAUUCGAAAAAAUGAUCACACCAAAGUCCUACAUUAGAAGUUUAUUGGUCUUCAUAAGAAUAGAUUUGAAUGGUUUUUUUUAAUUCAUUUUUUCA